AUGGCGGACAAGCUCACCCGUAUCGCCAUUGUCAACACCGACAAAUGUCGUCCUCGCAAGUGUCGUCAGGAGUGUAAGAAGUCUUGCCCUGUGGUUCGCAGUGGAAAGCUCUGUAUCGAAGUCACUCCUGAGUCCCGCCUCGCCUUCAUCUCCGAGUCGCUGUGUAUUGGUUGCGGUAUCUGCCCUAAGAAGUGCCCCUUCGACGCUAUUACCAUUAUCAACCUGCCCACCAACCUCGAGAGCCAGGUCACCCACCGAUAUGGCCCCAACAGCUUCAAGCUCCACCGUUUGCCCAUGCCUCGACCCGGCCAGGUUCUUGGUCUUGUCGGAACCAACGGUAUCGGUAAGAGUACCGCGCUGAAGAUUCUCAGCGGAAAGCUCAAGCCCAACUUGGGCCGCCACGACAACCCCCCUGACUGGGAGGACGUCAUCAAGUACUUCCGUGGUUCCGAACUCCAGAACUACUUCACCAAGCUUCUGGAGGACGAUCUCAAGGCUGUUGUCAAGCCCCAGUAUGUUGACCAGAUCCCCAAGGCUGUCCGUGGCCCGGAGAAGAGCGUCAAGGCUCUUCUCGAGAGCCGCCACACGCUCGGAAACAUGUCCGAAGUGACCAGCGUCCUGGAACUGGAGCACAUCAUGGACCGUGACAUCACUCUCCUGUCUGGUGGUGAGCUUCAGCGUUUCGCUAUUGGUACUGUUUGCGUCCAGAAGGCCGAUGUCUACAUGUUUGACGAGCCCUCUUCAUAUCUCGAUGUCAAGCAGCGUCUGAGUGCCGCCAAGAUGAUCCGUUCGCUGCUCCGUGACGACGACUACGUCAUUGUCGUCGAGCACGAUCUGUCUGUUCUUGACUACCUCUCCGAUUACGUCUGCGUUCUCUACGGAAAGCCUGCCAUCUAUGGUGUCGUCACCAUGCCUCACUCUGUCCGUGAAGGUAUCAACAUCUUCCUUGAUGGUCACAUCCCCACAGAGAACUUGCGAUUCCGUGACGAGUCUCUUCAGUUCCGUCUCGCCGAGGCUACCGAUGACUUCGCCAUUGACAAGUCCCGUGCUUUCAACUACCCUGCGAUGGAGAAGACACUCGGCAACUUCAAGCUCCGCAUUGAUGCCGGAGAGUUUACCGAUUCCGAGAUCAUCGUCAUGAUGGGAGAGAACGGAACUGGCAAGACCACUUUCUGCCGUCUUCUUGCCGGUGCCCUCAAGCCUGAUGGCAGGAGCUCUGUUCCUGACAUGAAGAUCAGCAUGAAGCCUCAGACCAUUACCCCCAAGUUCGAGGGUACUGUUCGCCAGCUGUUCUUCAAGAAGAUCAAGCAAGCCUUCCUGUCUCCUCAGUUCCAGACCGAUGUCGUCAAGCCUCUCAAGCUCGAUGACUUCAUUGAUCAGGAAGUCAAGAACCUGUCCGGUGGUGAAUUGCAGCGUGUUGCUAUUGUUCUUUCUCUGGGCAUGCCUGCCGACAUCUACCUCAUUGAUGAGCCCUCUGCCUACCUUGACUCUGAGCAGCGUAUCAUCGCCUCUCGAGUCAUCAAGCGUUUCAUCAUGCACUCCAAGAAGACUGCCUUUAUCGUCGAGCACGAUUUCAUCAUGGCCACCUAUCUUGCUGAUCGUGUCAUUGUCUUUGACGGCCAGCCCGGUAUUAACUCCCACGCCAACAGGCCCGAGUCCCUCCUCACCGGCUGCAACACCUUCUUGAAGAACCUGGAUGUCACUUUCCGUCGUGACCCAAGCAACUUCCGUCCUCGUAUCAACAAGCUCGGCUCUCAGCUCGACCAGGAGCAGAAGAUGAGCGGCAACUUCUUCUUCUUGGAGGAGAAGCCCGAAGAAAGUGCUUGA